AUGCCAGCAGACAGAGGUCAGGCUGCAGACCCUGUGCUCUCCUACGGGAUGAAGCUCAAGUGGGACAUCAAUGAUCCGCAGAUGCCUCAGGAACCAACCCACUUUGACCGCUUCCAGGAGUGGCCUGAUGGUUAUGUGCGCCUCAUCUACAGCAGCCAGGAGAAGAAGGCUCAGCGCCACCUGAGCGGCUGGGCCAUGCGCAACACCAACAACCACAAUGGCCACAUCCUCAAGAAGUCCUGCCUGGGCGUGGUGGUGUGCGCACGCGCCUGCGCGCUGCAGGACGGCUCGCACCUGCAGCUGAGGCCAGCCAUCUGCGACAAGGCCCGACUGAAACAACAGAAGAAAGCUUGUCCCAACUGUCAUUCAGCUUUGGAGUUGGUUCCUUGCCGAGGACAGAGUGGAUACCCCGUCACCAACUUUUGGCGACUUGAUGGCAACGCAAUAUUUUUUCAGGCCAAAGGAGUUCAUGAUCAUCCCAGACCAGAGAGUAAGGCAGAGACAGAAGGCAGAAGAAGUGCCCUCAAGAGACAGAUGGCCUCUUUUUACCAACCCCUGAAAAGGAGAUCUGCAGAGCCUGAGGCAGGAAGUGCUCAGGACAGCUGUGGACACCUCAAUAGCAUGUCUGCCCUGGAACCCACAGAACUGUUUGAUAUGACUGCUGAUACCGGCUUCCCUGUCAUGGGACAGCCCUGCCCUUCCAUUCCAAACUCUGACAUUCACAGUGUUCCCUGUGACCUGGCCACCUUUCAAGGAGAUGUAAUGCUGCCAUUUCAGAAAUAUUCAAGUCCAAACAUCUAUUUUCCCAGGCCCCCUUGGAGCUAUGAAUUGGCAGGUCCUGGGGUUACGGGUUCAAGUUCAUAUCCCAUCCUGUAUAGAGAGUCCUCCAGUAUCCCUGAUGACACAGACUGGGUCCAUCUAAACUCACUCCAGUAUAAUGUCAGCUCAUAUGAGGCAAGCUUGGAUUUCACAGCCAAAUAUCAUGGCUGGAAACCUACGCACGGGAAACCCAGCCUUGAGGAGAGGGUUGAUUACGGGCAAUGCCAGGCUGUGACCACAUGCCCUUACUACAACCCAGAGCUGCCCUGCAGGUACCUGCCGACCCCAUCAGCAGGUACCCAGGCCCUGCAGACAGUGAUCACCACCACAGUGGCUUACCAGGCCUACCAGCACCCUGCUCUGAAACACGGUGACGGAAUGCAGGAGGUUAGCAGCCUGGCCAGCUGCACCUGUGCUUCUGAAAACCUCCCAAGGCUCAUCUGUCCACAAGCCUUAGCCUCUCCGGAAGGAGACAUUCAGGCAGCCUCUCCUUCAGGGAGAACUCGUGUGAAGGUCUCUGGAGAUUGCCAGGGCGCCAGACCCACUGUGGCUUUUCCUCAAGAGACAGAUGCCUCCAGGACAGAUGGAGCAGAGGCAUGGGAUGUGUGUCUAUCUGGGGUGGGCUCUGUGAUGGGUUACUUGGAGAGGACAGGGCAGCCCUUCAGCUUUGACAAUGAGGACUUGUAG